AUGAAAUUCUCCCUUAUAGUCCUCAACCUGCUUUCAACCGGUGGUAUGGCAGAGCGCCAUUUUGCAACACCAAAUGUCCACGUGGAGAGAAGCCAUUUUGCGCCGCAGGUUCUCAUGAUAACGGAAGCUGCAAAGAUCCAGACCGUGUUAAAAUACCAUCCGGGCAAUACUGCAUCUUUUGGCACUGUUAAAUUGUGCCGUGAGGAGUGA